CCGAAUAGGUGGCCCCAUCCGCACAACUUGAUUGCAUACGGAGACUCGUAUGCGGCUGGGAUUGGAGCCCAUUGUGGCUGGAUUAGCGAUGAGUUCGACAACGGCGAGCAAGGGUGGGACUGUCGUCGGUGCGAAGGGGCUUACCCGUAUCAGCUCCUGAGCGCCGGAGACCAGAUGAAAGGUACGACCCUGCGCUUUCCUGCGUGCACCGGGGCAGUCAUUGCGGAUCUGGAGACUGCCAUUUCCGGCCCAAUACUACGCGAGCAGUGGCUGGGCGACCAUCUCAAUCGGGGCAACGAUCUCGGCUUCAGCGAUAUCGCGUGGUAUUGCCUGUACUGGUGGGAUGAAGACAAAUGCACCAGUGCUAUGGCUAAUGCAGCGACGAAACUCCGGUCGAACGCUUUCCGCCUGCAAUUAUCCACCCUAUAUGACAAUAUAUUUUUGGACGCGCUUUCUCAGAGGACCACCGCGGACGGGUUCUUACUCGUCGUGACUGGCUACAUA